AUGGCCAAUAACGUUAUCGGACACCAAAAGCUUUACCAGGCUUCUUCAAAACCAUUGUGGUGGAGAAACCCAAGAUCGGCUUUCUACUUGUACCCCUUCUACGCUCUUUUCGCCGUUGCCGUCGUGGGUCCAUUCCUAUACUUGCCUAACACUUUCAGAGGUAUCAAAGACAAGAGAAAGUGA